AUGGGCUUCGGGGACUUCUCGACAAUAUGCGAAAAGACUGCCAUCCCGCUCUGCGCCCUCGUGGGCCCUCCGUCCGCCAUCACCGGCGUCGCAGGCAUACAGCCAACAUGCUACUCUCGGACGAUUGAGCUCGCAAACACGAUAAUCUUCAACGGCGCAACAGACUUCAUGCACAUCCUCGCGCUCAUCAUGACGGCCAUCAUGAUCAUACACGUGCGGUCCAAGUUCACCGCUGUCGGCCGCAAAGAAAUCACCACCUUCUUCUACCUCUACCUCCUCCUAACCCUCUGCUCCCUCCUCCUCGACUCCGGUGUCGUGCCCCCCGGCAGCAGCGCCUUCCCCUACUUCGCCUCCGCGCAAAACGGCCUCGCCUCCGCGCUCUGCACCUGCCUCCUCAUCAACGGCUUCGUCGGCUUCCAGCUGUACGAAGACGGCACCACGCUGAGCGUGUGGCUGCUGCGCCUCUGCUCGCUCGGCAUGUUCGUCAUCAGCGGCGCGGUCUCAUUGCUCACGUUUAAGGGGUGGGCGGGACUGGGGCCGCGGAACACAGUCGGCCUGUUUGUGGUGCUGUAUCUCUUCAACGGGAUCUUUUUGCUGGUCUAUGUGGUUAUGCAGGUGCUGCUUGUGGCCAACACGCUGCAGGACCGGUGGCCGCUGGGGGACAUCGGGUUUGGGGUUUUCUUCUUCGUGAUUGGGCAGGUCAUCCUCUACGUGUUUAGCGAUACGAUCUGCAACGGCGUGCAGCAUUACCUGGAUGGGCUGUUCUUUGCGACGAUUUGCAACCUGUUGGCGGUUAUGAUGGUAUACAAGUACUGGGAUUCCAUCACAGGCGAAGACCUUGAGUUCAGCGUCGGCACCAAGCAGAACAACUGGGAAGUCAAGGAGCUGCUGCUGCCCCCCGGCACCGCCGACGACGACCGCAGAGCCACCGUCUACGACACGGACUCGUACAAGUGGAGCCUGGACCAGCCGGGCAGUCGGAGCUCGCACUGGGGUGGGACUGAGCGGUAUUGA